CGACAACACACAUCCUCCCUCCCUCCUCCCAACUUUGACUUGAUCGUAUUUCCUUCAUCCUGUUUCUGAAUUGCCAUGCCAGGCUUGCUGCCGAUUCUACCAUCUUUGUACUAGUUUUGGCCUGUUCCAACUCCGGGUUUCCGACACCUUUUGCGAUCGGCAGGGGCCCUUCAUUGCAACGGCGUCGCGGGGAUGCUUCAGACCGUUUGAUCGUGAUAACUUGACCGUUCGAGACUCAGGAGUCUCUUCACCUUGCGGUUAUCCCAACCAUGACAACUACAACUAGGACCAUGCUCGACCAGCAGCUUAAGCGCGCCCGCCUGGUGUCGAGCAUAGCAGCAACGGUCAUAUCACUAGCAUGUGGAACAAAUUAUGUCUACUCAGCAUGGGCUCCUCAGUUUGCCGACAAGCUGCACCUCACGACGACGCAGAGCAACCUGAUCGGACUGGCCGGGAAUCUGGGCAUGUAUUCGAUGGGCGUGCCAGUUGGAAUGUAUGUGGACCGCCGAGGAACCCGCCCACCAGUCAUUCUCGGCGCCUUGUUGCUGGGCUUGGGAUACUUCCCCUUCAAAGCCGCCUAUGAAAGCGGCACUGGCUCCGUUCCCCUGCUUUGCAUCUUCAGCUUCUUGACUGGAUUUGGAAGCUGCAUGGCCUUUGCUGCCUCAGUCAAAACGUCGGCGCUGAAUUGGCCUCAUCACCGCGGAACAGCCACAGCCUUUCCGCUGGCCGCCUUUGGUCUUAGUGCAUUCUUCUUCUCCGCCUCUGGGAGUGUCUUCUUCCCCGGCAACACUGGCGCCUUCCUCAUGUUCCUUUCCGUUGGUACUUUCACCCUUACGUUCCUCGGGUUUUUCUUCCUCAAGGUUUACCCGCGUUCUUCGUAUCACCCGAUCCAUUCCGGGCCAGGGCUCUCGAGCUCUCAACAAUUGCGCCGGACACUAUCUGAGGAGUCCAAGCCCCAGACUGGUCGCAGUUUCGUCGACGGAGAACCUGGUAUGUCGCCCACUGUUUACACCACUCCCAGUGGCACUACAGCACCGGCCCUCAGCGGAGCCACAGACGAGCUCGUGGGGCCCUCAUCUUCUCGAGACGUCAGCCCUCCUCGCCGAUCCAAUGACGUCGAAGCGGCCUCCGCGGGAACGGCACAGGAGGACAUUGACGAGACAUCGUCCCUUGUGUCCAGAUCGUCCUCACUACCAGGUGAUGUUUAUGUUGAGAGCAGUGUUGAUAUGGAUCGUUCGCACCGUAUAGAUAUCCGUGGUUGGGCCUUGCUGAAGAGUCUCGAGUUUUGGCAACUAUUUUGCAUUAUGGCCAUCUUGGCUGGAAUUGGUUUGAUGACCAUCAACAACAUUGGCCAUGAUGUCAACGCUCUAUGGAAAUACUAUGACAAAACAGUUGAUGACACAUUCCUCGUUCAUCGACAACAGAUGCAUGUUUCUAUUCUGUCUAUCGGUAGUUUUAUUGGCCGGCUGCUCAGCGGUGUCGGAUCAGAUUUCCUCGUCAAGGUGUUGAAGGCCAGCCGUGUCUGGUGCCUUGCAUUAGGAAGCGUGAUUUUCUUCAUCGCUCAGCUGUGCGCUCUCAACAUCCUCAACCCACAUCUGCUCGGUUUCGUCUCCGGUCUUUCUGGUCUUGGCUACGGCUUCCUCUUCGGCGUUUUUCCAUCCAUCGUGGCCGAAUCGUUUGGUAUCCAUGGACUCAGUCAAAACUGGGGCUUCAUGACUUUGAGCCCUGUCGUAUCAGGCAACGUCUUUAACCUGUUUUACGGCAAAGUCUUUGACAAGCACAGCAUUGUCAAUGACGAGGGCGAGCGCACCUGUCCUGAUGGUAUCGAUUGCUACAAAGACGCAUAUUACAUGACGCUUGGUGCUUGCGCUAUCGGGCUUUGCGUCUCAUUGUGGACCAUCAGGCGGCAACACCAUCAGAGACUGAAAGAGGCAAAGAGGACAGCUGAGGACUAGGCGGCCUGCUUGUUGGUUCGUUGGCUUUCUUGUCGCUGAGGACAGAGUCCACUUCGUUUUAUUAACGAAGAGCAGUAACAGGAUGUGGUAUUCGAUAUCGAUCGUAAUGGUAAACGGCGGGGAAACAGUUUCAUGAAAACUUCAUCACAUAUAGCGGGCUUGUACAUAUCUGGCGUUCGAAGGGUAUAUGGGCAGAAUAAAGACCAUGGGAGUUGCGGCGGUACGUCUGACGAUUUGGGGGGCGCUAUUUCAGAUUACCAUCUGCAGAUUCCACUAAGAAACAGGAACUUUAUGAGAAUGAUCUUGCCAUUCCCUUUUACCAUGCAUAUACCGUUGGGGUUAGGAAAGGGGCUCGGAGGUAAUGAAAGAUGUAGCCGGCUCUGACCCUAACCCUAAAAGAGGAAAACAAGCCGCGAUUCUGUCUUGCGACAGCCCCUCCACUUCCUUCCCGACAAUAAAUUGUUUACUUUUG